AUGACACCCCCACAUGUCUUCACACAGAGUAACCAGCAGACACCAGUGUCAAGAACCACAACUUGUGCAGCACAAAGGUGUCCACCAGCAGCUGAGCUUAUGCAUGCUCUAGUGCAGCCCAGGGAGAGGAGGCAACCUCCAGCAGCCAGGCCACCCUCUACCCCACACCUCAAUCCUCAAGCUUCAGUACCCAAGAUCCCCAAGGCCAGUGCCCAGCAUGCUGGCCACAAGAAGGCCACCAAGCAUCCAGGUCCUAGAAUCGGCAUCAAACAUUCGGGUCCCAGCAUCACGAAGCCUGACUCUAAGGUUGCCAGAACCACUGAUCCCAAGGCUGCCAAGCCCACUGACCCCAAGGCCUCCAAGGUUGCUGCCAAGGUUGCCAAAUCUGGCCCCAAGGCCACCAAAUCUGACGCUAAGGCCUCCAAGUCUGAUUCCAAGGCUGCCAAGUCUGGUCCCAAGGCAACCAAGUCCAAUUCUAAGGCCACAAAGCCCAGUGAUUUCAAGGCUGCUAAGCCUACUUACCCCAAGCCUGUUGAGGCCAAACCCAAAGAUGCUGGAGCUAAAGCUGCUAGUCCCAAGCCUUCAAAAUAG